AUGGACUUCCUCAACGAGCACCUCAACGAGCACCAUGAGUUCGAAGAGUCCGCUACUGAGGUGGUCUAUCCAGAGACAUUACAGUUUGGACAAGAUGACCAAACGAUGAUUUCGAAUGUGACCGAUCUGUACACGGUGGAGUAUCAGCCUGUGAUCUACCCUUCCUUGCAGCAUGUUUCAGACGAUGAGACUGUGCACGACCCUUUCAAUACGGAAGGAACACCAGCACCAGCAAAUGCCGCUCACGGGAAUCUCCAACAGGAGCAAGAAGAGGCACAGAUUACUAGGAGGAGCUUCACGAGCAGGGUGCCAAUAGAAAAAUUGAAAUUUCUGGAUACUCUUGAUGCUGGGCCACCUCCUCGGUAUCAAAAACUGCCUUACGAAAAGGGAGGAGACGACACAAGUACCAUAACUGGAAGUCAAGCUUCAACAAUACUUGCUGCAAAUAAGGGAGGAGAUGACACAAGUACCGUUACUGGAAGUCAAGCUUCAACAAUACUUGCUGCAAAUAAGGGUUCCUCAAAGAUACCCGCACCCACAAGUACCGACAAAAAUAGGAGCAAUGGCUCCUCUGACAAAAAGGCUCCUCCAAUCAGUGUUCCAACCGCUUCCGCUGCCCCUUUGUCUCCUGACGUCAAGAGCAAUGGAGUCUCCGCUGAUAAAAAGGAUCCCACAGUCACGGUGCCAACCGCAGCUACCUCCAUUUCAUCUGAUGGCGACGUCACAAACAUGGAUCUGCAGAGCAACGAUGAAGUCUCCGAUGAUAAAAAGGAUCCGACGUUCAAGUGGCCAACCACUGCUGCAGCGUCUACCACCUCCGAUUCAUCUCCUGGCGACGGUAAAAACAUGGAUCCGCAGAGCAAUAUCGGAAUCUCCGAUGAUAAAAAGGAUCCACAAUUCAUGGUGCCGACCGAUGCUACAGCGACUGCCGCCUCCAAUUCAUCUAAUGGCGACGGCACAACAAACAUGGAACCAACCUCGUUCACAACCUCGGGUGUGGCCACUAUCGAACAACUCAUGAGUGAUAUCUUGGAGGCCCCUGCACCCUUGCCACCAAGCCUGAGACGGAAUGGGAAUAUUGAACAACAGGCUCCCCCUGGAGCCUUUCGAGCCAUCGCUGGUGGCCAACGCAUUGAGCAAGUGAGUCAGCUCCACAAAGGGGGGAUGGAUGUUUUGGCACGACGGUACAGGGAUACGGAUCACUCCAUUCUACAAUCAUCAGGAGACGACAAUUCUCAGGAUUCUAUGCUAGAACAAGCCGAAGAAGGAGCUGCUCCUCCAGACAACAACGAAAGCAACCACAACAAUUUUCAAGAUGAAAGAAGGGAAAGGGUUGCAAUUACUGGAGAAUUGAUGACUGACACAAUGCAAGGAAAGAAACUGUCAUACUGGACCAUUGCCGGUGCCAUUGGUUUGCUUGUUUCGAUCAUUAUUAUUGCAAUUGUGGUUGGUGUUACAACCUCCAAGGACAAAACCAGCCAAGAGGAAGUUGACGAUACAACCAGCGCAGAAGAGAUUGCCACAUCGUUGUACACUUCUUCAUUGGAAGACGUGUUUCCCACAGAAGAGUCAUUGUUGUCCGAUGAAACCCGACAAGCCAUUUUAUCUGAAAACGGACAAUCCCCUCAGGUUCAGGCAUUUCAAUGGCUGGCAGAAGAUGAAAACUGGCAAAACUAUGGCAUGCCACAGCUACAGCAGCGAUUUGCUUUGGCCACAAUCUACUAUGCCACUGGUGGGCCCAAAUGGUUUGAUCACGUCCAAAAUUCCAACUCUUACAACCUUUGGUUGGACUAUUCUACCCACGAGUGCUCCUGGUAUGGCAUGCCCAAUGUGCAUGGCCGGCCAAAGUGUUCCAACUACACAGCAAUAAGCGAAGCAUCUCUAGCCAAUCCAUGGGAUGCCCAUUAUGAUUAUCAAUCCUUGCAGCUAGGUGCCAAUCCAAGGCUCCUCCUCACUGCCAGGAAUGCUGAAGCGAGGCUGCGAGGGACUCUUGUGCCAGAACUGGCACUCUUGACCAAUCUACGAGAACUUGAUGUUGAGCAUCAAAGCAUCAAGGGAACUAUUCCCAAUGAAUUGACACAGCUCUCCAAUACACUUCAGUUCAUAUACUUGACAAAGUGCUUCUUUACGGGGACCAUUCCAGCACAGCUAUUCCUGUCAUCUCGUUCACUCUUUUUGAGUCACAAUCCUCGGUUGACAUCAUCUAUCCCCGCCAUUGGCGCUUCUUCCAAAAUGGCACAAUUGAAAAUGACAGAAACAAAUUUGCAAGGGACAAUCCCAACAGAGCUUGGCUUGGCCACUGGACUGGAGGAACUGUUGUUGAAUGGCAAUGACUUGAAGGGACCAAUCCCCAGUGAAUUAGGGCAACUUUCCUCACUGAAAGUGCUGGACCUGACAGAUAAUGAACUCUCAGGUUCUAUUCCCUUGGAGAUUGGACACGCGCACCAGCUCCAGAUUCUCAGGUUGGGGACUAAUUUUGACUUGGAGGGAACUUUGCCUAUCAGUCUGGCCCUUCUCUCCAAUCUGCAAGUGUUGGAUAUCUUCAAGAAUUCCAUUGAGGGAGCUCUAUGGCCAGAACUGUUUUAUGCGACAAGUGAUUUCAAUGACACAUCGGCAGUGACAGCUUCUUGGCCAAAGCUCACUACCUUGAUUGUCACUGAGAAUGGUCUCACAGGUCCUAUUCCUUCGGAAAUUGGCCUUAGCAGAUCCUUGAAGGGUCUGUUUUUGGCCGGAAACCGCUUUGAAUCUCAGCUGCCCACAGAACUUGGAUUGUUGUCCCAUUUAGCAUGCUUGGGAAUUGCACAAAAUCAAUUCACAGGCCAACUCCCCCCUGUUGGAAUUGAUACUGGUUUGUUGGCAGAUGUCAAUGCUGACCUGUCAUCUUCAUCAGAUUUGCGUGUGAACUUUGUAUCUCAAUGUGCUCAAAAUUGA